CGCACAAGCGUUACGCCAUUUUGAACAUCGGAGCCCGGACAAAGAAGCACACCACACGAGAAACUUCAGAAAUAUGGAAGGCGAAGAAACCAAUCAGUCCCCAUACGUAACAGAAUUGAAAGUAGAACUUUCCAAGAUUAAUAAUGAUGACUUUGUGCAUGCAACACGGCUUCUUACCGAAGAAACAAAGAGGGUGGAAUCUGGAGAUAAGUACAAAAAUGUACCACUAGUUGAGCUUCAUCAUGACAGACCACAUAGCAAUGCUGUUAAAAUCAGGAUUCCCGCAAAGGAAUUUCCAAGGGUAAAUUUCUCUGGAAAGUUGCUUGGACCUAAAGGCAGUACCCUUAAACAGCUCCAGCAAGAAACUGGAUGUAAACUUUCAAUUCUUGGAAAAGGGUCGAUGAGAGACAAAAAUAAGGAAGAAGAGCUAAGGAAAGAAGGUGGCAAGUAUGCACAUCUGAAUGAAGAGUUACACCUGCUUGUGGAGUGCUUUGCAGAGACCGUAGAUGCCUAUGGAAGGCUUGCCAAUGCAAUUACCAAGCUCAAAGAAUUUAUGAACCCGGAGGCUGAUCCACAGGCAUUGCAAGGCAUGAUGGCUGCUCCAAUGGAAGACAGAGGCUAUUACAAUGGCGAAGGUCCGAUGGGUCGUGGCGGACCUGGUCCAAGAGGAGCUCCAGGCGGUAGAGGAGGCAUCUUGAAUACACCUGGUGGCAGAGGUGCAAUGCCCCCUGGAAGGGGUGGAGCUGCAGGUCCACCAGUUGGCAGAGGAGCCCCACCACCAAGGGGUGCUCUUGCUCCACGAGGAGCUCCAGCUCCAAGAGGUGCACCUGCUCCGAGAGGAGCCCCAGCUCCCCGUGGUGCUCCAUCUAUGCGAGGUGCUCCUCCUCAAAGGGGGGCACCUGCUGCUAGAGGAGCUCCAAUGGGGAGAGGUUCUGCACCACCUACCAGAGGUGCUCCACAAGCCAGUCGAGGACGUGGCAUGCCACCAGCAGUGUCUAUGUCUAGGCCUCCUCCAGCUGUACCAGAGUAUGAUGAUUAUGGAGCAGCAGAGACUGCUUACAGUCAGGAUCCUUAUGCACAAACAUACACAGCACAAGAAACUUAUGAUGAUGGAUAUGCUAGGAGGGACCCAUAUGCUGAGGAAGCUUACCAAGAACCAGUAGCUGCUGCUGGAGAUACACAGUAUUUUGAUUACGGACAUGGAGCUCAGUCAUACACUGAUGACUAUGCAGAUACUGGCAGAGCACAAGUAAGACCACCCCAAACCUCUGGUUAUGAUAGAAGCGCUAUGAAAGCUCCGCCACCUGUCAUGUCUCGUGGUGGACGUGGUGCCAGGACACAUCCAUAUGAAACAGCAGCGAGACCAGGCUUUGCACAAAGUCGAUUCAGCAGUUACUGAGGGCUAUUCAUGUCACCCGGAGAUAUCCAUUCUAUAUAUUGUCAAGUGUUGCAGUUGUACAAGCUAGUCAUCAAAGAUGGAGGUACAUGUUUGCGCAUUAUUGCGUAGAUUUGUUACCAGCAAAAAGAAUCUCCCUUAAAAAUUGUAAACUAGUGUAAAAAUCUUGAAAAAGUAAACCCAAACAACAUACUCAGACUUUGCAUCACUAGUUAAAGAAGAAAUACUAAAUAGUAUCUCUUAAAUAAAGUUCUAAAUCAAAGAGAUAAUGUUACAUAUAUGUAGUUUGCAUGAUGAUGGGUUUUUAUCCGUUUUAAAUGAAAACUUUUAGGUUUUAAUAUAUGGGAACUAAAUCUGGAAAUUUUAAUAAUGUAUAGAUAUGUAAAUAAUAGUGCUUUCCUAGGUGAUGUACUUGAACAAAAUAUUGCAUAUAACAUGUUGGAACUAAAGGGGAAAAACUCCCUGUCUCUGUUACAAGGAAUUAUGCCUAAUCAUUUAUCAAGCAUAAUAGUUGUGUAAAAACAGUAUGUAAAUGUCAGAGUAAUUGAAGAUGUAAAAAGACGGAAAAUGAAUUUUCUUAAACAACAACAACACUGACAUCAGCAUCUCAUUAUUAUAGUUCAAUACUAACUCAUGUGUGUUCUUUGUCGUCAUUUUGUAAAUUCAUUCAUUAAACAAUAAACGCCAAACAGAAAUUGUGUUAAUAUUGCUAAUUAAUCAAAUGUCUUUAUUCAGUUUUAUUUCAGAUUUCAAGCAAAAAUAUGUACAAAGAAUAAAACAAAUACAAUGAUGUACAUGUUCUAAUAAUAAAACAUGAUAUGUAUAUAUAUAUUUUAUAACAUGUUACAAGUUUCUUACCAGAUUGAAAAAAAAAAUGGCAGGCCUACUAGUAAAUGCAUGGAUGUGAAAGCAGAAUCGGCAAUUUGUCAUUGAACUGCAUAAAUAUUGUUUUAAAAAUAUCAACACCUUGUAAAAUAUAUCUGAUACACGUUUCCAUUCAGUUUGAACUUAACCAAAUUUUCAUAAAAUAUGCAACUGUUCCGAAGUGAAAUUUUUUAGCAGAUGUAAUUUAAAAUGCAGGUUUUAAGAAAAAAAAUGAAAUGGUAAAAUUACUUCAUUGAUUUGAUUCUCUAGCUAGAAGGCCUGUAAUUUAUAUAAUAUGUCAUGAUUUUUUUAAUGAUUGUGCAAAGCGACUAAAAGCAAAUGGUAAAUCAUCACAUUGAUUUAUAUCUUUGCUGUCAAAGUCAAAUAGUAAAAAACUAUGAUUCACUAAGCAACAAAGACUGAAGUCUAUUGGUAUGAUAUAGUAUUGUUAACUUUGAAAAGUAAAUUGGAAACAUUGCCAUAAGUAACACUUGACUAGACUAGAGGGGUCAUAAAGCCAAGGUUACACACUGUUGAUUAGAAUCAUGUGUUGGUUCAUAUUUAAAUAUGUUACUGGAACACUUUACCAUGACAAGUGACUGAAACAGACUUAUGAAAAUAUUCAAAUGUGCAAAAAGUUUUAUAUAUUUUGCUAUGCAUGAAUAACCAAAUGAAGAAAAAAUGUUACUGCACAAAAUUAUUUUUAGCUUGCCUAAUUGCAGAGUGCCCACAGUGAGUUUUUUUUUUUGGAUUGUUUAAUGUGUUGUCAACAAUUUAUUUAAAGAACAAUUAUUAUACAAAACCAAUUAUAAAAAACAACAGGAAUCCUUGGGUGGUUCUGUUUGAAAGGUCAUUCGUGCAAAAUUCUGGUUGUCCUGGCACUCAAAAGAAAUCUUCCCAAAUGCAGGUUAUUUCACAGCAAUGUGUCUUUGGGUAACCAUCUAUCAAUUUCCUUCAAGUCAUAUUUUAAAAAAAAAAAACAUACACAUUGUUACUACUGGGGGCAGGGCUAGUUUUCUCUGUAUUACUAUUUGGAAAACUUUAAAAAUCUCUUGAAACUGCUGGCCUAGUUUUGAUAAUAAUUUCAUGCAAACUUUCCUCGGGAGACCCUGUACUAAAUACCUUUAUUUAAUUGAUUGUUUUACAUGGGCACCAGGACUAGUUUUCUCUGUAUGGCAAUCUCACAGAAACUGCUGCAAAAUUUCAAAAUAAUUUUUUCAGCAAUAUUUCUUUGGCAACCCACAGUGCUUUCCUUUAAAUCCUUUGAUUUGACUAUAAACAUGGCUGCAAUGGCUUGUUUUUGUAACUGCUAUCCUGAUUAAAUAAUGAUUUCACACAUCUGAUCCUUAGUAAGGCCUCUACCUAAAGCAUUCAAACAAGCUGUAAAACUCUGGUGAGCAAUCUAGGGCUAUCCUGCCUCUUGUUUUGUUUUUUA